AUGGGUCUCAAAUUGGAUGUCCAAAAAGCAUUUGACACAGUAGAGUGGGAGUUCCUAUUUGAUGUGCUUCGAAAGUUUGGGUUCUCUCAGCUGUGGAUUGGUUGGAUUAAUCAGAUUCUAGCAUCCUCUAAGUUUUCGGUACUAGUUAAUGGUAGUCCGAUGGGAUUCUUUGGAGUGGAAAAGGGCUUGCAUCAGGGCGAUCCUCUCUCCCUACUACUUUUCAUUCUAGCUAAAGAAGCAUUAUGCAGAGGAUUGAAAGAUCUUUGUGAUAAAGUGGUGGUCAAGGGUAUUCCUGGCCCUAGACAUGUUCACACUCCUUCUCACCUUCUUUAUGUAGAUGACUUAGUGACUUUUAUGAAUGCUGAGAUAAGAAGGGUUAUGAAGCUUAAAGAGUUCCUAAAUUCCUAUCAAGCUUACUCAGUGGAUAAAUUUAAAGCUCGUCUUGCAAGAUGGAAGGGUCAUCUUUCAUCAAUGGCUGGAAAAGUUGAGCUAGUGAAAUCAAUCUGGAAUCAUAUUAGGCGAAAAAAGGAGGUUGUUGACUGGGAGACGUUGAUUUGGUGUAAACACUUGCAACCUCGUCUAUCUAUAUUUGGGUGGAGGAUUAUGCAUACGAAGUUGCCUACAGAUGGGGCGGUUAUGAGGAAAGGUGUUAAUAUGGCAUCAAGAUCCUGGAAAGGGAAAUUGCUCUCGCUGGCAGGCCAUAUUGAACUAGUUCGUUCAGUUACAUCGAGCAUUCCUAUGCAUAAUUUUGCAGUUCAUUGGUGGCCUCUGGCAUCAAUUAAAAUUGUAGAAACAUGGAUGAGGAACUUCAUUUGGUCUGGUCAAAUGGAAGGUCAGAAAAAAAUCACUGUCAAAUGGGAGGAUUGUUGCAAGCCAAAGAAGGAGGGAGGUCUGGGUAUUCGGAAGUUGCGAGAUGUUAACAGAGCUUGUCUAUGUAAAUUAUUAUGGAAAAUAAAGCAUGAGGAUUCUAGAAUGAGUCAAUUUUUCAGAGCAAGGUUUACUACCAGCGACGGCGAUCUCAGGAGCUACAAGUCUUCAUCUAUUUGGCAGGGUCUAAAAAGGGUGUGGGACUUUGUAACAAAUAUGGAGAGCUGGACAGUAGGAAAUGGCGUCAAGAUUAGCUUCUGGAAGGAUCAUUGGUUAGAAAAUUCCUCAUUGGCGGAAUCCUCUAAUAUGGACUUAGAAGCGCUUACUUCGAGGCAGCUGCGGGUGGCGGAUUUCAUUAGGAAUGGCGAAGAGAAUAUCCCUAACGAAUUUAGAGGAUGCUUGCCACUGGAAAUUAUCUUCAUCUGGAGCCUUCUCUUUGGCCUCGGCGUGGGAAGAGAUAAGAAGCAAAAAGGCGCCUGUUUCUUGGUUUUCCAUUCUCUAGAAAGCUUUUCUACAUCCACGGCAGGCAGUAUUUGGAUGGAGGCCCUGUGGAAUAUGUUCUAUGAUCUAAUUGGUGUCAAAUGGCAACACUUCAUAAGAAUGGAAGAUUUAUUUAGCUGGUGGAAACGUAAAGCAAAAUCCGUCACUUUCUCAAGAGUAUGGCUUAGCGGCGCGGUGUUAAUUCCUUAUGCAGUUUGGAUGGAGAGGAAUAUGAGAAUCCACGAGGGUACCUAUUGGCAUCACAGGCAGCAUUUUGCUAUGAUUAAAGGAGAGAUAGGCAUGAUUUCGACAGUGCACCUUGGGAAGAACUUGUCCGUAGCUGAUUUGAUGUGUGCCAGGAGAGUGGGAAUUCCCCGUGUAAUUGGCAAGCAAAGAGAAAUUUUUGAAGUUCAAUGGUGUCUCCCCCCUCAGAACUGGAUUAAGCUAAAUACUGAUGGGUGCCCGCUAGGGAAUCCUCGAAAGGCUAGAGCUGGCGAUGUGUUUAGAAAUUACAAGGGCGAACCUUUGCUGAAUUUCAGAAAUUUUGUUGGUGUAAAAUCUAACUUUGAAGCUGAAUUUUUAGCUCUCAUUACCGGCCUUGAACUUGCAAAAAACUCUUGUAUCCAAAACCUUCGGAUCGAGUGUGACUCUGCUGCUGUGGUGUUCUUAUUCUCCAAAGGGUUGGUUCCAUGGUUUAUUCAGCAAAGAUGGAGGGGCGUUCUCUCUUAUUUGGGCUCAAUUUCUUGGAAAGUCACUCAUUGCUACCGCGAAGCAAAUGUGGUAGCCGAUUUCUUAGCGAAAACAGUAGCAAGAUUUGAAUCAAAUUCCCCUGUCGAGGCCUGGCCCCUUCUCACCUCCAGGGAGCUGGAAUUGGAUGCGGCCCAAUGGCCAAGAUUCCGAUUCACUUAG